AUGAAUCUUUGGCUGAUCAUUUCCUAUUUACUCCCCUCCGUGAGCGAACAAAAAAAUUGGGAAAAUAUUUUUUGCCAUAAAACCCCCUUUGAGUAAACAAAAAUUUUUCAUGAAAAAAUUUUAAUAUAUAAGUGAUUAUUAAUAUUUUCGUUGCCUGAUUAAUAAUCAUAAGUAUUACUGUUAAAAAAUCUAUAAAGGGUCUUAAGCUAUAUCAAUAAAAUAAGAAAGGAAGUUGCAAGAAAUAAUUUUUCUAGUAGUCAAGAUCUAAAUUCUUCAUCAAGCUUAAAUAUCGAGCUUUAAUAACUUUUUUAAUAACUCUUUAUUAUAAUUAAUAUCUUUUAAACAAAAAAAGGAAAAUCAAAAAAAUUUUUUUUAUAAAUUUAGUAGAGGAAACCAGGAUUAAAGCCCAAUGACGCAGAGGAAUAGCUCCUUUAAAGAUUUGAAAAUGCGAUAUUAAAAAGAAUGAAAAUUCAAAUGAUUUUUGUGGAAUGUGUUUAGAUAGAGAAACUGAACAACAUGCUUUAAAUACUUGACCAAGAUUCAAAAAUAGAAAGAGCUCCUAUUCAUCAAGCUUUUGUCCAUUCGCACUCCUUUUAUACUUUCAGCUGAAAGUUACAAUUUUAAAUCGUAAUCAGAGUUUUUACAAUGUAUAG